AUGAAGACGGCUUUCGCGGAGGAGAGCUUGCCGAUCAACCGGGUCCAGCUUUUCAACAACGGCAUGGUCUCGGUCGAACGUAGCGGCAUCGUUGAGCGGGACACCAUGGUGAAGUUGAAGGUCCCCAGCUCGACUUUCGAGGAGACGCUGCGCACCAUCUCUUGGACAGGCCCCGUCGAGAGCAUGAGCAGGCUCAAGAUGGACGCUGCGUACAGAUCGCCAGCGAGCCUGGAACUUGCCGAGGGUUCUGUUGACUAUCGCAGUAUCAUCGGCGCGCACGUUGGCGUCGAGGCACGCCUGCUCCUUGACAGCGGGAAGGAGGUGUGUGGCCUGAUCGCAGGCGUGAGCACUGCGGGCGAGAAGUCGGAGGUGUGCAUCGUGCAGCCGGACAGCGUGACCAGGACCCCUUUGGCGUCGGUGCGAUCACUAACCUUCACCAACCCGCGAGUGCAGGAGGAGUUGCAGCAGACGCUCAUGCGACGGCUGGUUGCGAAUUCCAGUGAUAUCCGCGAGAUUGAGGUUUUCACAAAAGAGGGUGGGACCAUCUCCUUGACGUACAAUCUCACAGGUAUAGCGUGGAGCACUGGCUACCACAUCGACAUCGAGGGUGGGAUGCACGUCAGAUGCUACGCAUGCGUUGAUAAUUACACACCAGAAGAUUGGACGAACGUAGAGCUUGUGCUGAUUGUGGGCAUGUUGAGUGGCAAAGGCGGCGCUGGAGGCGACAGCGGCGGCAGCGAGGCCAUAGGCAGUGGCAUGCCGCUCAUGGUGAAACUCACGAGUGGCAAGACGUAUUCCAUCAAUGCCCGCUCGGACUGCAGGGUUGACGUGCUGCGCGACCACAUCGCCGCUCGUGAGGGUGUCCAGGGUGCCAACAUGCAGCUCAUUUUUGCAGGGAGGCAGAUGGAGCCUUCGAAGACCCUCAGGGACUAUCCAAAGGAGUGCACGAUCCUCGCCAUCCAUAAGAAGGGGGGGAUCGUUGCCGCCAACGACUUGCAGCUCAGCUGCUCAAAGGAGGACAUGGUGGACCGGGAGUCCCUAUCACUCUACCCCAUUCCCAAGCCCGUGUCCAUCAAGAAGGGCCAUUCCUCUUUACUCCCUUACUGCGACGUCGAGCUCGACGGCGAGCUGGUUGCCAUCUUCGACGCUGCCAAAGAUCCAGAGCAUCUGCUGCAGGGGCUACGCCUGCAAAACACGUCGGGCAAGACGCUCGAGUGCGGAAGCAUACUCGUGCAGAAAGCUGGGACAUAUUUUGGAGAGUCGGAGGUGCCCACCCUUCGGCCGCUGGACGAUUGUUUCCUGACCUUCGCGGUCUUACUUGCCACCAGGGUGAGUAAGCAGGACAUGAACGAGCCUAACGUGUACACGCACGUUACAAUAGAAGUUGCCGAAGUGACCCUGCGGGGCACCAAGCACAGCAAAACGACCUACACCGUGCUCAACAAGAGCGCGUCCAAGCAGGUCGUCUUCUUGCUGCACUCUUGUGACGCCGACAAGGACUUCGAUGGGGUCGUGGGAGAGGCUGGCGUGGACGUGGUCGACGUCAUGGGGCUGCGGCAAAAGCUGCGCUUCGAGGUGGACGCGGGUGCCGAGGUCUCGUUCGGCGUCCUCGAGAAGUGGCCGCACGCGGUGUCCAUAGCAUUGGGCGAGGAGUUGUUGGCCACCAUGCCCGUGCCGUCGGUCGCCGCCGCACUUGGGCUGCCACAGAACGUCCAGGACGUCCUUGCCAGUGGCAAGGCGCAGGCCCAAGCUGCAAGGCAUGCGCGAAGUGCACAUCGGGCAGUCGUGUUGGAGAAGAAGGAGGCCACGCAGAAUCAGCAAACGGUCCAAGAUCUACUCAAGAGCAUGCAAGGGGAGUCACACCGGCUCAAGUACGAAGAGCAGCUAGACACCACCUAUGAGCGGGUGCUGGAUCUGAGCGAAAAGGAGAAGGCCUCCCAGCUGAAUGUUGAGUGCGAGUCCAGAACGUUAGCUGCGCUACUCAGCGGUCAGCUCAGCUACUCCGGGGCAGUUCCGACGGAGCGCCGCUAUUCGGCUUACGACGAUUCUGGGCUGUGGGGCUGA